CAUAUGAAUCUUUGCCGAAUUUGUAUUUCUUUUCAAAAUAAUAACGUUUUCACUCUGUAAUACAAUUCCAUUAUUACGUGUUUAUGUUGUAGCAAUAACCAUUUUAAUUUGGUUUAAUUUCCUAUACAUCAUAUAGGAAAACGAGUAGUAAUUAACUAGACAAUAAUCAACAAUGGCGAUCCCUUCAUACCAAACAUUUUUUCUCAUUUCAACUUAUUUGUUACUCUCAAUUACAUUCUUGGGAAACCAUGCAAUUGCAAUGAGCCCCACCCUUUCCCUCUCUUCUUCGGGCACCAUCGCAAAGCCCCCUUCUCAAGGUACCACAUCUGAGGCACCUUUUAGCGAUGGCGGUCGUGGAGAUGCCCUCUCUGAGAGCCCUUUAGGAGAUGGUUGGAACGACGCUCCAACCAUCACCGACAAGGGCGCACCACCUUUCUCCAGCGUGCCAGUAGUGAAAGACACCCCCGCGGUGAACAUGUUCGUCCAAUCGGCGAUGGUGAAAUCUAUGUCGAAGACGGAGGACUUCAUCCACGACGUCCUCGAGAAGCGGCUGAAUGACCCCGACACCGAUGAACAGAGAAAGGAGUGCCUAAAGACAUGCAAGGAUGUGUAUCAAGAUUCCAUGAAUGCCAUGAAGAAGACGGUGAAGGAUACGAAGGACGGAAACCUUUACAAGGCGAACGUUGACGUCAGUGCCAUGUCUACCGACGUUGACACGUGUAAGGAUUGCAUGGGGCAUGUUUAUAGUAAGGAUGACCCUGAGUUCAAGAAGUUUACCACUUGGAUUGAUGGCGUCACCAAUGAUUGCCUUGACAAGAUCACCGGACUCGGUAAUUAAUUAAGAAGAUCAGAGAUUGCAUGGGGGAGGAAAUUACAGAAAUGCGGGAACUUUUGGUCUGAGACGCCAAAAUACGGGAAAUGUAAUUAGGUUACCAAAUUAGGGGAGUCGGUGUUCCGACAAGAGGCUAGGUCAUAUUUUCGUGCACCCCUCCUGUCGGAAUUGACAAAUCCGACUACGGGAACCAUUUUUUUUUUAAAUUACACGGAGUAUGAGUUGGCAUGAUUAUAUGAUUAAAUAAGAAUAGGAAUACUGACAUUGCUUUUCGUAAAA